GUCUUCUCACUCAGUCCAUCAGUACUCUCUGAAGAAGAGAGGGAGAGAGGGAGAGAGGUGACGGAGUGACAGACUGAGAGCAUCCCUCUCUUCUCAGACUCAAUGACAGUAAAUAAAAUCCAGAGUACUAAUAGAGGUUCCGCAGUGAGGUUAAGAAAUAAAGACAAUCUCGCUGGAUCUGAGAAGAACCGCUACACAAAAACUUUCUCGGAUUUUGAGUGAAAAACAAACAGAAAAGACUCUUGAGUUCAGACAUAAACUUUACUCCAGUGCCUCCUGGCAUUUUUGGUUUUAAGCAACAAUGCCCUUCCUCUUACACCUCAUCCUCUUCCUCAUCCCAAGCCCCGCCCUGCUUUCCCACAGUGCAUCUGUUUCUUCUGAGUCACAGCCAGUCAAAAUGGUGAUAUCAGAGCGGUGUGUUUCUGACCCCAACAAUGUUGAAGAUCAUGAGGUUGACCUGACACCCGGUUCUCCUCUAGUUCUGACGCACCGGAUUCGUCUGGUUCCCAGUUCUGCAUCAGGUUCAUGCUGCCAGUCCGAAUUUGCAGCUCUUCGUGAGCGAAUCGAGGUGCUCGAGAGGGAAGUUUCAGAGCUCAGGGAGAAAUGUGGAGGUCUGGACAGUGGCUGCUGCACUUCACAGCAAAGUAAAGGAGCAGGCUGCACCACUGUCCCUCCCCCAACAGAUGAGUGUUUGAAUGACUGCAGUGACCAGGGCCGCUGCGAGAAUGGGAAAUGUGUGUGUUUCCCUGGAUUUAGUGGACCUGACUGCAGUGUGUCCAACUGCCCUGGAGACUGCAGCAACAAGGGCAAAUGUGUCAAUGGCAAGUGUGUUUGUGAUCCUGGUUUCACCGGACCAGACUGCUCUGCUAAAACAUGUCCCAAAAAUUGCAGCAGCCAUGGCAGGUGCAUGAAUGGAAGAUGUGUGUGCAAUGCAGGAUUCACUGGUCCAGACUGCUCAACCACACAGUGUCCUGAAAACUGCAACAAAGGAAGAUGUGUGAAAGGGAAGUGUGUGUGCAAUACAGGAUUCACAGGACCAGACUGCUCUGAACGGUCCUGCCGCAGAAAUUGCAACAACAAAGGAAGAUGCGUGAAUGGGAAGUGUGUGUGUGAUGAAGGAUUCACAGGACCAGAUUGUUCGGAAAGGUCCUGCCCCAGAAAUUGCAACAAUAAAGGCAGGUGUGUGGAUGGAAAGUGUGUGUGUAAUACUGGAUUCACAGGUCCAGAUUGCUCUGAAAGGUCUUGCCCUGGAAAUUGCAACAAUAAAGGCAGGUGUGUGGAUGGAAAGUGUGUGUGUGAUACUGGAUUCACUGGUCUGGAUUGUUCGGAAAGGUCCUGCCCUGGAAAUUGCAACAACAAUGGAAGAUGUAUUAAUGGGAAUUGUGUGUGCAAUGCCGGAUUCAUAGGUCUGGAUUGUUCAGAGAGGUCCUGCCCCAGAAAUUGCAACAACAAAGGCAGGUGUGUGAAUGGGAAGUGUGUAUGUGAUACAGAAUUCACAGGUCCGGAUUGUUCAGAAAGGUCCUGCCCCAGAAAUUGCCACAACAAAGGUAGAUGUGUGAAUGGGAAAUGUGUGUGUGAUACAGGAUUCACUGGUCCGGAUUGUUCAGAAAGGUCCUGCCCUGGAAAUUGUAACAACAAUGGAAGAUGUGUUAAUGGGAAUUGUGUGUGCAAUGUCGGAUUCACAGGUCCAGAUUGUUCAGAACAGUCCUGCCCCAGAAAUUGCAACAACAAAGGCAGGUGUGUGAACGGAAAGUGUGUGUGUGAUACUGGAUUCACAGGACCAGAUUGUUCUAAGAGGUCCUGCCCUGGAAAUUGCAACAAUAAAGGCAGGUGUGUGAACGGGAAGUGUGUGUGUGAUACUGGAUUCACGGGACCAGAUUGUUCUGAAAGGUCCUGCCCUGGAAAUUGCAACAAUAAAGGCAGGUGUGUGAACGGGAAGUGUGUGUGUGAUACUGGAUUCACAGGACCAGAUUGUUCUGAAAGGUCCUGCCCUGGAAAUUGCAACAAUAAAGGCAGGUGUGUGAACGGGAACUGUGUAUGCAAUACCGGAUUCACUGGACCAGAUUGUUCUGAGAGGUCCUGCCCAAACAACUGCAGCAACAAAGGCAGAUGUAUAAAUGGACAGUGUGUGUGUGAAGUUGGCUUCACCGGGCAAGACUGCUCCACAAAGGCCUGCCCAAAUAACUGCAGCAACAGAGGAAGAUGUGUGAAUGGCAAGUGUGUGUGUAAUCCCAGUUUUGCUGAGCCGGACUGCAGUGAGUGUAAGGACGGAUUUACAGGACCUGACUGUGAAACAGCCCUGAUUGCUGUGUCUCACCUCAGUGCCAGAAACAUCACUGAAUCUUCAGUUACACUCUUCUGGACUCCACCCAUAGUGCAGUACAACACUUACCAUAUCACCUUCACCAGUCAGAAAGAAAGUGAUCAGAAGAUCACAUCCACGGUGAAUGGUGGAUUCAGCACCUACACUCAGGUGGGCCUGGCUCCUGGGCAGCAGUACACAGUGACCAUCAUUGGGGAGAAAGAUGGCAAGAUGGGCGCUAAGAGUAUGACAUCAUUCAAAACCUUGAUCUCUGGCCCCAAAAAUCUUCAAGUCGUCAAGACAAGCACGACAUCUGUCAUCAUCCAAUGGGAGGAAGCACAGGGAGAAAUCGACAGAUAUAUCCUCUAUAUUUCACCAAAUCAGACAGAUGGAUCUGGCAAGGGACAUCAAGAGAUAAGGUUGCCACCUGGGAGAGACUCUGCCCAAAUCGAUGGCCUGGAGCCUGGUCGCUUGUAUGACAUUUCUCUGGUUGCAGAAAAAGAUGGCACUCAGAGCCUGCCAGCAACUGUGCAAACAACCCCUGACAGGCUGGUGGGUUUUUCUGAUGCGGUCAGGCCAUUAGAUGGAAAAGGAUCAAAGUUACAGGAUGGAAGAUUUGAAGAAAAUCCAAUUAAGAAGGAUUUAGAAAAGAAGACACAGGAGGAAACUGAAGCAGCACAUCAGCAGGAGGAAGCGGUUCUAGAAACAGCAACAUUUUCAGAGGACCCAAAAAGGAUGAGCUUACAAGAUGUGGAAGCUGAGACAAUCCCAUCACCCUCUCAUCCUUUGUCCUCAAUUCAGAGCCAGCCUUCUCUGGUGCCACCUGAAACACAGGACCAACCUACAAACAAGAGACAGACCCCAUCAAGAGACAAGCACCAUACUAAAGCCUCCCUCCAGUUACCUCCAUCAUUCAAAUAUAGAUAUUCAGGCCGGCCAAAAUUAUCUGGUUCAUCAACAUCGUUAGUCAAUAGCAGACAGCCUACAACAUUCAUUUCCUCCACAACCUCUUCUCAAAUGACAGGAUAUAAAAAUCCAGUUGGAAAUGAAUUCUCUCUCCGAUUGUCUCACCCACUUGGAGUGGAAAAAGAAACCUUAAAGAGGAACACAAACACCUCCCAAGAACCCCAAACUGAUGAUCAAGGCUUACUGGUUGAAUCUGUCCAAGGACCCAAUAGGAAUUCUUCAGUAACUAACUUAUCAGAAGGCACCACAGAUACAGAUAAAUCCAAAGGAGACAAUUUUCCCAAACGCAAAGAGACAGUAAAUAAGACUGCACCACUGUACUAUCGUAUGUCACAUAGGGGGACAUUCCCUCGCCAACCUAAUUUUGGUCCAUUCCAAAACCAGACCAGCACCCCUCAGCACCCAUACAGGUUUCCCCUACGCAGACCCAUACUGCCCAGAGUCAACAACACUGCUAGGAACAAAGCAGUGGACCCUGGAAUCAUUAGCAGCAGCCAAAGUGUCUUAAAUUCCAACUAUACACAAUUAUUUACACGGCAGAGGAAAAAAGGAACUGUCAUCAGACUUCCACCAAAACCUCUUGGGCAAAUAAAAACAAACCUUAAAAAUGGCAAUGGCUCCAAAGCUGGUGUCACAGUAGACAAAAACACAAGCAACAAAUCAAAUAUUAUAUACCCAGCACAUAACGAUGUGGACGGUACAAUACAACCUGUUAGUGGGGAUGCAGAAAAAAUCACUGAUCCCAUCAUUCCCAGAGUCAUAAACAGAGACAACAGCAAUACUUCGCAAGCCACUGCUCAUCAUCAAAGGGUAUCUGGAGUCACCAAUGGCAGGCAAAAGGCUUCAAGCCAGAGGAUUAUACCAACAUUUCAAAUGAAAAGGAAAAAUAAUACAGUCAUCAGAUUUCCAUCAAAACUUCCUACUCGAAUAAAUGUAAACCCAACCAUUAUUCACAAUCCACUGAAAGAUACUAAGUAUGAAACAAGGCACAAAGACUCCAAAGAUGCAAGCAAGGAAUCUCAAAUUGGCUGGCCAACAGACACUGACACAAACCGAUUUGCUAAAAUCUCUAUGCCAACAGAGGAAGUGCCAGUGGGAACUAAUGAGCCAUUACGAGCCAUUAGUAGAGGUUCAGAAAAUGCUAUUGAUCACACAAACAAAGAACAUAACCUGCAUAAUCUGUCCAGAGUCACAAACAGAGACCAAGACCUACCCAGGGUCACACCAAGAGACUAUGAAAUACCAAAGAUUGCAAACAGAGACCAUGACCUGCCCAGGGUCACAAACAGAGACAGCAACACUACUAUGCAAAUGCUCAUCAAUCAAGAAGUUGAAUCUGAAACCAUAGACCACAGGAAAAAUGUCCCAAAUCAGAAUCUUAGAUCAAAAUUUGUAAUAAGAAAAAAAGAUGGCACAUUAGUCAGCGUUCGACCAAAACUUACCAAAAAUACCCAAAUAAAACCAAACUCUACCAGCAUUCACAGUGGACUGAAAGAUGCAGCUACCAAAGUUGUUAAAGGCACCAAACAAUCAGUUACUCUUUCAACAGAUGAGCAUACAGCUGAAAGAAAUGAUAAACUUCAAGCUGUUGCUGGGGGUUCAGAAGUUGGCAAUGCCAACAUUCUCCCCAGCAUAGCGAACAGAGACCAGGACUUGUCCAGAAUCCCAAAUAGAGACCAGGACCUGCCCAGAAUCACAAACAGAGACCAGGACUUGUCCAGAAUCCCAAACAGAGAUCAGGACUUGUCCAGAAUCACAAACAGAGAUCAGGACUUGUCCAGAAUCACAAACAGAGAUCAGGACUUGUCCAGAAUCACAAACAGAGACCAGGACCUGCCCAGAAUCACAAACAGAGACCAGGACCUGCCCAGCAACACAAACAGAGACAACAGCACUACUAUGAAACAUGUUAUCAAUCAAAAAGUGCCAUCUGAAAUCAGCAGCAGCAAAGAAAAUGUCCCAAAGCAGAACUUUAAACCAAAAUUUAUACGAAGAAAAAAUGGUAGAGUUCCUCCAAAAAUUCAUGCCCAAAUAAAACAAAACUCCACCAACAUUCAGCACAGGCUGAAAGAUACAAACUCCAGAGUUGAAAAAGGUUCCAAAGAAUCUACACAAUUUACAGUUCCAGCUGUUGCUGGAGGUUCAGAAAAUGGCAUUGAUAAUAUCCCACUCAGAAUCACAAAUGGGGACAACAGCACUACUGCGCAAAUGGAACCUGAAUUCAACAGUCAUAGUCAAAAUGGUCCAACUCCCAAUUUCACAGCAACAUUUACAAUGAGAAAGCAAAAUGGAACAGUUUUCAGACACACACUAAAGUCUAAAAUAAAGCCAAACCUUCAUGGUGACCCAAAAUGGAGGAAAGAAAGCAGCACUACUAGGAAUACCAUUCCUCAUAAGACCUCAAAUCGCAACCCUAGACCAAACUUUACACAACAAAAGAAAAAUAGCACAGUCAUCCAACUCCCACCAAACAUUUUUCUGCAACUGAGGCCAAACUCCACUACAAUUCAUGAUGGCACAAAAGGGAGUAAAAAAUCCACAGGUGAUCCUAAACUCAGUUGGUCCACAGAAGUUCCUCUCUCAACAGAUAAGGCCACAAGGCAAACAAAUACCACAUUUCCAGUCGCUGAGGUUUCAGAAGAUAACAUCAAUCAAGUUGAAUUCCAGAAUGUGACAUCAAAUGGAUUUAUCAUAAUUUGGGUGGCACCAAAGGGAAAGUUCAAAAACUUUGUGAUCAGAAUAAUAGAGGAGAAUGAUGAAGGGGUAAAUGAGGGUGAUGGAAGCAACCAGGAAGAAGGGGAAGAGAGGAAAGAAGAAAAUGAAAUAACCACUAAUGUAACUGAGGUUAUGAGGAGGAACAGCAGCGAUGGGGUUAGAAAGAAAUUCAUCAAGGUGCUUCCUGGUUCUGCUCGCUCAUACCCUGUCAGAGAUCUCAGCGCUCAAACAAGCUACUCUGUGACUCUUUAUGGAACAGGUCCUGGAUUACGUUCCAAAGUUCACACCUUCAUCAUUACAACAGGUCCUGAGCCUCCCUCACACCUCUCCUUUAGUGACAUAACUGACACGACGCUCACUGUGUCAUGGAGACGACCCAUAAGCUCUGUGUCUGGGUUUAAGGUCACUUACAUACACACUAAAGAAGGAGAACCAAUCUCAGUGACGGUGGACUCGUCAGUCUCCGCCAUCCCUCUGACCAAACUCUCCCCCGGAUCCAGUUACGAGGUCAGCGUUAUCUCUGUGCUCGGAUUGGACGAGAGUGACCCAAUCAAGAACUUCGUGACCACACUGCCUGACCCGCCCACCGACCUCAGGGCCAUAAACAUCACAGACACCAAGGCACUGAUGCUAUGGAGACCUGCCCUAGCAACCGUCGACCAGUACAUCAUCAUGUACCACUCUGAGGAAGCUCCUGGCUCAGAGCUGAGCAUCAGAGUGUCAGGUAACGCAGUUGAACAGCAGCUUCAGGCUCUAAAGGCUUCCACCAAGUACAUUGUCACCAUCAUCAGCCGGCUCGGAGAACAGAAAAGCUCCAGCACACACACCACCUUCACCACGGCCAGCGGCUCUCCUGGAAAAGGGGAGGCACCUCGGGACCUGACAGCCAAACAGGUGACAGCGCGUACUGCUGUGUUGUCAUGGAAACCACCAGCUUCAGCUGUGACCAGCUACAAGCUGACAUACUUCACCAAGGGUGGAGAGCGCAAGGAAGUGACUCUUCACCCUGGAGUUAGUGAACAUAAGCUGAGAGGGCUGCAACCAUCGUCCACAUAUACAGCACUGCUGCAGGGUGAGAGGGGCGGCGUCUACACAGCAGCCAUCUCCACUGAGUUCACGACAGGAACUCUGCGCUUCCCAUACCCCUCUGACUGCUCUCAGGAGCUGAUGAAUGGAGAGACGGACUCGGGUGUGGUGGAGAUUUUCCCCGGAGGGAAACAGGGACAACCCGUCAUGGUUUACUGCGAUAUGGAGACGGACGGAGGAGGCUGGACGAUCUUCCAGAGACGAAAAGAUGGGACAACCAACUUCUUCAGAACCUGGCAGGAGUACAGGAAGGGCUUUGGAGAUUUGGAGGGAGAGUUCUGGCUUGGAAACGACUUUCUACACAACCUCACAACGAUGACUCCCAUGAACAUGAGGGUGGACUUAAGAUCAGGAGAUGAGUCGGUCUAUGCACACUACUCCACAUUCUCCGUGGACACGAUGAAGAAGCACUACAUGAUGCGAGUGUCUGGAUAUUCAGGCACAGCAGGUGACUCUCUGAGCUACCAUGAUAAACGGCCAUUCUCCACCUUCGACCGCGACCCUCAGCCCUUCAUCACACGCUGUGCCAUGUCAUACAGAGGGGGCUGGUGGUACAGGAACUGCCACGAGGCUAAUCUCAACGGCCUGUACAACACACACACCAACCAUCAGGGUGUGAUCUGGACUGCAUGGAAAGGGAAGAAAUUCUCCAUCCCCUUCAGUGAGAUGAAACUCCGCCCAGCUUCCUUCAGACCACACAGACAGGGAUGAACAGAGCAGGAGGACGUUGGAGAGGAACCACACACACACACACACACACACACACGUGUACAGACACCUCACUUACUGACAUGACAAAAUUGUGUAACCACAUUUUGAAAAUCUUCUACGUGAAGCUACACACACACACACACACACACACACAUAGAGGAUGUUUAUUCAGUAUAUGAUAUUGUACAGUUUGUGGAUUAUCUGUGUAUCGUUUCCUGCCUGUAUCCUGUGUAUUUGUGGUGUGUAUGAAUAUUACGUGCUGUCGCUCUCACCACGACAGAGAGCGAUCCGUCUGUGUGUACUCAGAGUGGAUUUAUCUACAUAUUCAGAUGGCUCUCUCAUUUGUGACUCAAGUGUUCAGAUGAUCAGAUGCUGCACAGACUAAAAUAAAUAAAAUGG